CUAGCGUUAUACGUAUGUCUGCAGUGAAGCUGUGUAUGUUUGUGUAUAUCAGUCGAGUAGUACUGGCGGGCCUAUCUGUGCUGACACAAUGCCAUCAAAAGGUUUACUAGAACGCCUUAACAACAGUGAACAUGUUCUUGUCGCGGAAGGAUACAUGCUGGAAACCGAACGAAGAGGUUACCUAAAGUUCGGCUCAUUUGCACCCGAAGUGGUUUUAGAUAAUCCAGACAUGGUUCGAAGCAUGCAUCGGGAGUUUGUUCACGCCGGUUCUGAUGUAGUGGAAGCUUUCACGUAUUACGGACACAGGGAGAGACUAAAGCUGAUUGGACGAGAGGACAACCUCGAGAAACUCAAUAGAACGGCUCUCAAGAUAGCACGAGAGGUGGCAGACGAGACCGGAACACUUAUGGCUGGUGGACUUUGCAGUACUACUAUUUACGAGGAAAAUAAACCGGAUAUAGAUGAACAAAUAAGGGCCAUGUUUAAGGAGCAGGUGGAGUGGGCGGUAGAGGAGGGGGCGGACUUCAUCAUAGCGGAGACAAUAAACGACUAUGGAGAAGCUAAACUAGCACUAGAGGCAAUACAACAGUAUGGAAAAGGUCUGCCAGCAGUAAUAACUAUUGUGUGUUAUAAUCCCGACAUAACGCUGGAUGACGUUCCAAUAGCAGAGGCAUGCCGUAAACUGGAGGAGGCCGGGGCAGCUGUGGUAGGCCUCAACUGUGGGCGUGGCCCCAGGACCAUGUUACCACUUAUCAGGGAAAUUCGGAAGGUUUGCAAGGGCCCCAUAGCCGCACUGCCUGUGACUUUUAGGACUACAGAGGAAGAUCGCACGUGGACAUCGCUAAAAGAUCCGGAAACAGGUAAACACGCAUGGCCUUCGAAUUUGUCGUGCGUGGCGUGUAAUCGGGACGACAUCAGACAAUUUGCAGAGGAAGCGAAAGCGAUUGGUGUAAAUUACGUCGGGCUUUGCUGCGGGAAUGCUCCAUUCUUCUUCCGUGAGUUAGCGGAAGUGUAUGGGCGAAAACCGGGAGCCUGCAAAUAUUCAUCAGAUCUUUCAUUAAGUGUUCUUGCUGGGGAUAGUAAAGACAGUUAUUCAAAGAUAAGGGUGUAUGCUGGAACUGGAAUUAAGUGAGAAUAUAUGUUAUUAUAAAAGCCAAGAGUUUGCCCAUUUAUAAAUAAACUGAUUUUCAAACAAAACUAUGUGUCCAUUUC